UCCGGGUGCCGCGCUGCGCGGAGCACCCCGGGAAACGUAGUUUGGGGCCACGGCCGCCCCGCCUGCCUCGUGCACGCGGACGGCGGCCACCGUGCCCUGGCAGCGCGGGGGCGAGCGGGCGUUAGCAGGUAUCCCAGGAGUAUGUACGUAAGCACGUGGAGGAAUGUGAGGAAUGAAACAGAGCACAACUUCAUUUAAAAGAAAAUCCUCUAUAUCAGCUUACUGCAAAUCAAGUCCUACUGGCACAGACUUCAUGUGCAGCCUUGGGAAAAACAUUUGGCCUGUCAUUUUCAUGAGAACUGAAUUCCUACAAAAAAUAUUGUUGAUUCAUAUCUGACCUAUGAUAAUACCUUGAAAGAGUAUGAAUGUUUCAGUGAACUGCCUCUUCAGUGGUUCCUCAUUAGCAUCUGAAGUGCAUGCUGCUGCUGUUAAUGGAGAUAAGAGUGCCCUCCAAAAGCUAAUAGCAGGAAAUUCUGAGCUGAAAGAUAAAGAGGACCAAUUUGGAAGAACUCCACUUAUGUACUGCGUACUGGCUGACAGGCUGGACUGUGCUGAAGCAUUGCUGAAGGCAGGAGCAGAUGUUAACAGAGCUGAUCAUAGCCAAAGGACUGCUCUCCAUCUUGCUGCACAAAAGGGAAAUUACCGUUUCAUGAAACUUCUGCUGGCUCGUAGAGGGAACUGGAUGCAGAAGGACUUAGAGGAUAUGACACCAUUACAUUUAACUACACGUCACAAAAACCCAAAAUGUUUGGCUUUGCUGCUAAAACAUAUGGCACCUGGAGAAGUGGAUACACAAGACAGAAAUAAGCAAACUGCAUUGCAUUGGAGUGCCUAUUACAAUAACCCAGAGCACGUGAAACUUCUCAUAAAGCAUGAUUCAAAUAUUGGAAUCCCUGAUAUUGAAGGAAAAAUCCCACUUCACUGGGCAGCUAACAACAAGGACCCUAGUGCAAUCCACACAGUGAAAUGUAUUCUGGAAGCUGCACCUACAGAAUCUCUGCUUAACUGGCAAGACUACGAAGGGAGAACUCCCCUUCAUUUUGCUGUUGCUGAUGGGAAUGUAGCUGUUGUUGAUGUCCUGACCUCUUACGAAGGCUGCAAUGUGACGUCUUACGACAACUUGUUUCGAACUCCUCUUCACUGGGCAGCUUUGCUUGGUCAUGCACAGAUUGUACAUCUCUUAUUAGAAAGAAACAAAUUUGGAACUAUCCCAUCUGACAGUCAAGGUGCAACACCACUACAUUAUGCAGCACAAAGCAACUUUGCUGAAACAGUUGAAGUAUUUUUGAAACAUCCUUCUGUAAAAGAUGACUCAGAUCUUGAGGGAAGAACAUCCUUCAUGUGGGCAGCUGGGAAAGGCAGUGAUGAUGUCAUUAGGACUAUGCUGAAUUUGAAAUUGGAUAUUGAUAUCAAUAUGACAGACAAAUAUGCUGGCACAGCAUUACAUGCUGCUGCACUGUCUGGCCAUGUUAGCACAGUGAAAUUGCUGUUGGAACACAAUGCACAGGUAGAUGCUUUGGAUGUCAUGAAACACACUCCGCUUUUCCGAGCCUGUGAGAUGGGACACAAAGAAGUAAUACAAACACUCAUUAAAGGAGGAGCAAGAGUAGAUUUAGUUGACCAAGAUGGCCAUUCGCCCCUUCACUGGGCAGCCCUGGGAGGAAAUGCUGAUGUGUGCCAAAUCUUGAUAGAAAAUAAAAUUAAUCCUAAUGUGCAGGAUUAUUCAGGUAGAACACCUCUACAGUGUGCUGCAUAUGGAGGUUACAUUAACUGCAUGGUAGUGUUAUUGGAAAACAAUGCAGAUCCGAAUAUUCAAGAUAAAGAGGGAAGAACUGCUUUACAUUGGUUGUGUAACAAUGGCUACCUUGAUGCUAUAAAGUUGCUGCUUGGUUUUGAUGCUUUCCCUAAUCAUAUGGAGAACAGUGAGGAGAGAUAUACUCCCCUUGAUUAUGCCUUGCUUGGUGAACACCAUGAGGUGAUUCAAUUCAUGUUAGAACAUGGGGCUCUCUCUAUAGCUGCAAUACAGGACAUUGCUGCUUUCAAAAUUCAGGCUGUCUACAAAGGAUACAAAGUUAGAAAAGCUUUUCAAGAGAGGAAGAAUCUUUUAAUGAAACAUGAACAGCUGAGAAAAGAUGCAGCUGCCAAGAAGCGUGAAGAAGAAAGUAAGAGAAAGGAAGCGAGGCUGCAGAAAGGAAUGCAGAACUUGGAACAGACUAUGUUUUGUGUACAGCUAAAUUCUGGAAAUCAAGAGAAGACCAGCAAUGUCAUGCAGUUACCUAAUAAACAAAGUGAUAUGCAGAGUAAGAGACCUCUCUCCUGCAAUGUUUCUCGAACCCAGUCAGGGAGAAACAGUGGAGGUUCAUCUAAGGCUUGCCACAACAAAGGGAUACCGAAGGAGAGUUGCCUGUCUGCAGAGCCUCAAAAUGAACGUCAUAAAAUCAUGCAAGGUAAAGAAUUAUUGAGAAAACACACCAAAAGCAAGUUAACUUGUGUCCAUUUCCAUCAUGGCAAAGAAAAUGAGGGAAAAAAAAUUGAAGUGAAACAUCAAGUUGCAGCUGCUAUAAAGCUGAAUGGAGAAAAGCAUAAUGACUACACCAUUGAGGUUCAUGGGAACAGGAAGCAUACUUCUGCUUGUACUAUCACUAGCGUUAAAGAAAAAUCAAGAGUUCAAGGUCAGUCUUCAUCUGGUAAUGGGGACCAUUGUGAAGGAACUACUGUGUUGUGCAGUGGCGGUUGUACUGGUGGAAUUGCAAGAAAUUUGAGGCAGCAUGAAACUGUUUCAAAAGGCAAAAGGCAUCAUCAGGUAUCAAGAAAUAAAGAGGUAAAUGGUGAGAGAUGUUCACCAGCUGGCUCUAGUAGGCCAGGAAGUGCCAAAAUGGUAUUUGUAAACACCAGAAAUGACAGUGUGCAUGCAGUAGAACAAACUAACGAUGUGGGAAGCAAUGAAUUAGCUAAAAAGACCUGUCUUCUGUUAUCUACUGAGGCAGAAUCUACAAGAACUGUGCCAAGAAAUCCAUCAGCAUGUUCUGUUUCUGAUGACAGUUUGAACUUGGAAAAAACAGAUGUAAUUGGGUCUAGGAAUGCAGACGAUCAAUUAUGUUCUUUUGUCACAUGGCGAAGUACAAAUAUUGAACAAAUCCCUUUAGAGAUUCGAAUGCAGGUAAUAGAAAAAGAAAGAACAAGAAAAGAGCUUUUUCGGAAGAAGAACUAUGCUGCUACAGUUAUACAGAGGACGUGGAGAUGUUACCAGCUAAGACAGGAGUUGUUUCAGCUGCUUAGGGCUAAGCGGCAGUGCAAAGAAGAUGAAGACAAAUGGAGACAAGAGACAGCUGCCUUCCUCAUUCAGGUUGCUUGGAAGAAACAGCUGAGCCAUAGCCCUCUGAAAUCAGAUUCUUCAUGCAAAAAUCUAAAAUCUAUAAACAAAUUCAGUUCAGCCAUAAAAACAAACAAGCAAUCCAUCCUUAAGCAGAUAUAUGGACAUUCUCAGGAAGGCAAAGUUUAUCAGCCAACAAGACCUCCCUCUAAGCUUAAACUUUCUGAAGUGCAUCUGGCCUCAGGUGCCUGGAGCAGGUCAAAAUGGACUGUUCAGUUUGAUUCUUCUCCUACAGAAGCAAACAACCUACAGUAUGUUAAUUUGCUGGAGAACACAGGAAAAUCAAAGCAGUUUUCAUAUAAUAUGAGAUCAACUAUUGCUGCAAAAUUGAAAAACACAAGACUCAAACAUUAAGCAAAUGGAACGGUUAGAUCUUAAAGAACACUUUCCUGUACAACUGGUAUUUUUUUGUAAUAUAAAAAUCUCUUAAGCUACAAUAGGUAUUGUCAGUUUUGUAUUUAUCUUAGCAUUACAUACCAAGCAGAUUUCAGGGGAACUGGAGUCAUUUUGUGUGCAAAUUAGCUUUUAAAUGCAGCAGUUAAUUUAUUUAGUGACAGGAUGAAAUCUGAAUUGCAUUUGGAAACAGAAAAUUAAGCGCUACGACUGGCAUUACAAUAAGGUUGCAGUAGCUCAACCUUCCUAAAGUUUCCCAUUCUCAAAAGUAAGUGUUCUGAAUGUGUUCAUUAAAUGUAAUUUCAAAGGAGAGGAAAACUGUGCUAAAGAUGCAACAAUUCUGAAAGACUGCAAUUAGAUUUCACCCUAAAUUUAUUAAAUGUAUUUCACAACCUAAACAGGAAAGAAAAAACAGUGUUCAUAUGCUAAUUUUAUACCAAAGAAACAAGUUCUGUCUUUGCUUGCUAUGGAUUUAGAGGGAUAAAUAGAAAUGUUGACAGGAAAUUUUUUUAUAUAUAUAUUUUUAUGUAUAUAUACAUAUAUAUGUACGUAUACACAUAUAUACACACACACACACAUAUAUUUACUGAGAGUGAAAGAUUCAGUAAAUAAACUUUCUACAGACUGUGUUUUUUUACUUAUCCUUUGAUAUAAUCACCAUUUUUUCCUCAUUAUUGAAAUAAUUAUCUUUUUAUACCUGCACAAGAGGAAUCUUCUUUCUACAAAAGAAAAGAGAAGAUGAGGCACACUCUGGAAGGAAACUCAAGUCCUUACAAUAGUUUUGGAACUGCCUAUGCAAAAUAUUUAUGUUGCAGAAAGUCUCUGAAACUAGAGCUAUUUGUUUUUAUUUUUGGUUACUUCAUACUUUUAAAGUAUAUUAUAUUCUAACCUCUUCCGUAAUUGUAAUACAUAGUUAUAUUACAUAAUCAUAAAUUUUUAAUUAAUACGAUGCUUAGAAAUAAUAGGUGAUUUGGAGUCAAAAAAAUCUCCUACUUUCUCUACUAGCACUUACGCUUCAAGGAGAUUGGAUUUGCCGUAGAUGACCCUUCACUGUGGUCACCACACCUACUAACACAACUGUCAGUAAAGUAGUAUUUCCUUGCCUAAAGAGAAAGUUGAGAGAUGCAGUUCUUUGUAAAAUUUUUAUUCUGAGUUUCACUUACAAAAAAUUGACAAGCUUUGUUCCAACAUUUUCUAAUCAAAACUACAUAGAUGUAAAUGCUUUACAAUAAUGUAGUUCCACCUCUUUAAUAUACCGUGCUUAUAGGGCCAGGUCCUUGGGUAUGAGAAGCAAGGUAGAUGUUGAAACAGUAAUGGAGGUCUGUUAGCCAUUGCUCUUCAACUUCACCACUCUUCAGUGUCUAGGAAAGAAGGGGAAGAACAUAAAGCCUAAUGUCACCAACAGUAAAGUUUUGUAGACUUUGUUUAUACAGUUAACUAGUCACUCUCUUAAAGACUCAAAAUAGCCUUGUUCACCUGCACACAGUGGCAUCUUUUUAUUUUAAUAAUGAAACGCGGUAUAUCUGUUAAUACUGAAAUAAUAAAAUGUUACUGUUUGGUAUGCUUAGUCUGCAUUACAUUAUGAAGUAUAUGAAUUACAUUAAAGUAUAUGAAUUACAUUAAAGUAUAUGAAUUACAUUAAAGUAUAUGAAUUACAUUAAAGUAUAUGAAUUACAUUAGAUGUGCUCUCCUUACUCUUGAUUACAGUGACUUGCUUACUUCCCAAUGCUUCAAUUUAUAGUCAAUAGAAAUAUAAAUGAGCAUGGUUCUACUUACAGCAGAACAGCUCAGUGCCCCAGUCUUCAUGAGAACUGCUACCAACAGAACACCAUACACAACAGUCCGGUAAUUCACUCCACUUUAGCAUAACUGGUUAAAAAAACUCACAAAAUCCAAACCUCAUACAGUGGAACACCACAAAAACUGGCUAAGCCAUUUUAAAAACAAAAGGAAGCCAAUCAUAUUUUCUGUUAAAAAAUUUGCAAGAUACUCUUACCAUCUCUGAGGUAAGAGUCUAAUGAUGGUUCUUUUAAAAGCUACUAAAAGAUAGGUGCAUCUUACUUAUUCAAACCUGUGGGGCACACUAACUCACUGCAUUCAAAACUAGUAUGAUGUCUGAGAACACUGCUUCAGAUACGUUUCCUGACAAGGAAGCAAUAGUAAUAAUAGCAUAUUUUUUAAUUUACCUCUCUAAGGACUUAUACACUUGAAAGAAUGGAUUUUUUUUGCCAUACAGGUUUGUGAGAGCUUGUCUGAUUGCGCAUCUUAGUGCACACAAGCACCCAUACUCCAAUAAACAAAAAGAACUAGUCUUUUGUCAUGCAGAUGGAUUAGAUGCAAGCUAAACUUGGUAACUGUCUCAUCUGUGAGAUGAACACAGCUGUUCAGACAAGUAGCAGCCUACUAUGCAGGCUGCUCUGCCAAGACAAAGGAUGACCAACUUUUGGCUUUAUGAUGUCUCUUUUCCAGGCCUUGUAGUAAUUUUUAAAUAUAAACAUGAAGUAUAGCUGUGUAGUCUCUAGGAGACAGCAAGAAGUAAUACAAAUUCAUACCGUAAUGUCCUUGAUAAUCUGUUGCACUAGAAAUUCAUUUGUCGCCAUAUGGCUCCUGAGCUGACCAUGUUGCAUUAGUAAGCGAAGCAACUGAGCAAUAACAGGCAGUUCUUCCUGACAGAUCCUGCUUACUUGAAGACUUUGCAGCAUCAGUCUCAACAAUCGGGGAAGGAGUGCUAAUGCAGAAAUACAUGAUCCCCAUAGCAGAUCCCUAAGAGGAAAACAGAACAAAAAAUUUAAAUAAUCAGAGACGUUUAUUCCAAGUAUGCUUCUGUGACUUAACUUCACAUCUGUACCAAGAAACGCGCCUUUAUGGUAAAGACAGUAGUCAUGAUUAUAUUUACAAAUGAUAAAUGUUAAAGCAGUAAAUCUGUACCAGAAAAUAUUAAACUUAAAAGUAUUCUAAAAUUUUGUUCAUUGCAGGAAAAAAAAAAAAGCUUCAGGAUAUAAAUGUUGCUGAAGCGCUUACACAGUGUAAUCUCAGCUUGAUGUAGCAGAGAAGCUUUUUUUUAUUUCAUUUAUAAUUCUGGUACACCUGAAUCUUUAAGACUUAUAAGAAAUCAAACAAUAAAAUCUGCUUUUUGUAAUAUUUAUGUUAUAUAUAGUUUAAGGGAAGGAAGAAUCUAGUGUUAAAUGUGUAUCUUAAUUUUAAGUGAGCUUUGAACAACAAUUUUCUGUAUAUGGAACAGUUACAGGAAAAAAGUUGUUUGAAUUGUUUUUAAAGACAUUUCUGCUG